AUUUAUAGUUUCAGCUGAUAAUAUAAAGUCAGCGCAGCGCGUGUUUUUGCCGUAUUAUUUCUAGUUAAAUAAGUUAAAAGUGCAUUUAAUACAAAACUAUGGCUUCCAUGUUGAAACAAAGCAGACUCUUGAUGAGACCAACCAUGUUAUUCAACAGCGGUGGCAGUGUUUUACAUUCAGUUAGCCGGCCUUAUUCAAGUGAAGCACCGGCCCGUACUGAGAAAACCAUUAACACUGUUUCACUUUUGGGCCGUGUUGGGGCUGAUCCACAGCUACGUGGAAACAAUGAACAUCCAGUAGUAACGUUUUCCUUGGCUACACACACAAACUACAAAUAUGAAAAUGGAGACUGGGCUCAGCGUACCGACUGGCAUCGUGUGGUAGUGUUUAAACCAAACCUGCGCGAAUCUGUGAUGCAAUUUCUAAAGAAGGGCCAACGAACAAUGGUGCAAGGAAAAAUUACCUAUGGCGAAAUUACCGAUCAACAAGGCAAUCCCAAGCCCAGUACCAGCAUAAUAGCUGAUGAUGUUAUUUUCUUCCGAGAGAAUGCCUAAAGUUAUUUUUGUUAUUGUUUAGGAUAAGAAACAAACAAGCAUUCAAAGGUUCAUUAAACAAUCAUAUUUACCAUGUAUUUUUAUAAACAAAACGUCACAUUACAUGCUGGAAAUGUUAAUACACAAUAAGAGGGACAAUACAAAAUCAUUGCAUCAUCGUUCAUAUAGAAA